AUGGUACCUGAGAAUAGAAGGAAACAGCUGGUUGUCUUCAUAGUCAUCACCUAUCUGCUCACGUUCUAUUGCGUAUAUUCGGCCACCAAGACAAGUGUCUCUUUUUUGCAAGUAACACUCAAACUAAAUGAGGGUUUCAAUUUAAUGGUUCUAUCGAUAUUCGUCUUGUUGAAUUCUACUUUGCUAUGGCAUCUCUUAACGAGACUAUUAUUUGGUGAACUAAGGCUUAUCGAACAUGAGCACAUUUUUGAAAGAUUACCGUUUACCAUUAUAAAUACCUUGUUUAUGUCCUCUAUGUUCCACGAAAGAUAUUUUUUUACAGUGGCAUUCUUCGGAUUACUACUACUUUAUCUAAAGGUCUUCCAUUGGAUCUUGAAAGAUAGGUUGGAAGCUCUGUUACAGUCAAUCAACGAUUCCACCACGAUGAAAACGCUUAUAUUCAGUAGGUUCUCAUUAAACCUUGUACUAUUGGCGGCUCUAGAUUACCAGAUUAUAGUACAUUGCAUUUCAUCCAUAUACACGAACCAAAAGAUUGAUAUUGUUUCCACUUCCCUGUAUUUGAUGCAAGUAAUGGAAUUUACCAUGCUGUUGAUUGAUUUACUUAACUUAUUUUUACAAACUUGCCUGAACUUUUGGGAAUUUUACCGCUCACAGCAAAGUCAGUCUGAUGAUGGCAACCAUAUUGUCCAUGACGAUCUUUCAGAUGGAAACAGAGUUGAUUUUGACGGAUCUCAGCAUGCGCUGAAUGACGAUGGUGAUGACGAUGAUGAUAGACAAUUUACCGGUCUAGAAGGUAAAUUUAUGUAUGAAAAGGCAAUUGACGUUUUCACAAGAUUCUUGAAAACGGCCCUACAUUUGUCGAUGCUGAUACCAUUUAGGAUGCCCAUGAUGCUUUUGAAGGAUGUUAUAUGGGAUAUCUUAGCGUUAUAUCAAAGUGCCACAGGUCUAUGGAAAAUCUGGAGGAAUAAUAAACAGCUUGAUGACAGCCUUCUCACUGUAACUGUAGAACAGCUACAAAAUUCUGCAAAUGAGGACAAUAUUUGUAUCAUUUGUAUGGAUGAGUUAAUACAUUCUACUAACCAGCAAACGUGGAAGAAUAAAAAUAAGAAACCAAAAAGAUUACCUUGUGGUCAUAUACUCCAUUUAUCAUGCUUAAAGAACUGGAUGGAACGUUCUCAAACUUGUCCUAUCUGUAGACUGCCUGUCUUCGACGAUAAGGGCAACGUUGUUCAAACCACUUUUACCUCCGAAACCAAUAGUUCCAUCACCAUGGCUGCAACGGAUAAUACUAGAACGAUAGUAAAUUCACAAGACUUUGCAAAUGAAACAGAAUUACUUCCCACGAGAACAACAUCUCCUGACGUGAGAAUAUUGCCUAAUCAAAACACAAAUACGUUCGCAUCAAGAGCAACUUCAACGUCUACAUCGUCUACUACGUGGUGUAAAUUCCCGCUACAGCAAACUGAAGACAACGAUGUUGAAUCAAGGUCAACUUACGAAUUUUUAAUGACAAGUUCAGAUGAGAAAGAAAGUAGUAUUCCAGUUAAAUUAACAAUAGAAAGUCAUGAAAUAGAUUAUUUGCAAGGAGACGGGGAAGGACAAACAGCUCAAAAGAAAAUUGUCAUACCAAGUAAAUUUAUUCAGCAUACCUAG